CCCGCUGACGCUGGCCGCCAAAAGACUCAAGAAAGACGCCGUCGCGUCCAACAAGCGGAAACUGCUCAACGGCGAAGAGCAGCCAGGCGGCCUCGUCAUCGUCCGCGCCGCACCCCCCGCGCGCCCUCCCCCGUCCUCCCAGCCCCCCAUCCCCGCAUCCUCCACCACGCCCCCCUCCGACCCCGCACCCGCACCCGCACCCGCACCCGCACCCGCACCCGCACCAGCCCCUGCCACCUCCCACGCGCAUCCCCCCGCCGCCCCCUCCAACCCCCCCUCGAAGAAAUUCAAGGCCGCCGCCGCACAAGGGACGCACACACGCCGCGAUGCCCCCCCGCGCGACGCCGACUUGCGCAUCGUGCAGUCAGAGACCACCGAUCUCCAGCGCCAGUCCCGCGCGCCCACCCCCGCCGCCGCCGCCGCCGCUCCCAUGAAAUUCGGCCCCCCCGCGAAACCCAACGCGCGCGCGCCCCGCAACGCAGUCGACACGACCGUGCCCCUCGAGCCCCGCGAGACGCCCCAGAUCGAAAAGAACCGCGCGAUGCGCCAGGGCCCGCCCCCGCCACCGCCACCGCAGCCCCCGUCGCAGCAGCCCGACCCGGCGACCCCGGGCCAACGGCGGAAGAGCUCGCUGAGCAUGCGGGGCAAGCGCGCGAGCAGCACCUUCGGCAGCGCAGGCGUCAUCAGUGAGCACUUUCCGCGCUGGUUUCCCGAGCGCGGCGUGGCUGACGAGGGAGGUCCGGGUGCGCGCGGUGCUGGCGGUGCCGUCGGUGGUUCGGUAGCGGUCCCGCACUCGUCGGUCGGCGAUGCGAGCUUGUACAAGCAUAUCGACUGCGAUCUGCCCGAGUCGGAGCGCGCGCGACAGCUGCUCAUCUGGUGCGCCUCGCGCGCGACGCAGAGAGGCGCCGCGUUGGCCGGCGCCGCGUCGUCCUCGAAACACCAGACGAACGGCUCGGGCAAGGAUCCACCCCCGCCGCCGCCGCCGCCGCCGCCGCCACCGCCGCCACUUCCGGCGGGCGGCCAGGCGCUGCUCAGGCGCGUGAUGGAGGACGCGGUGAAGAUGGUCGCGGAGAGGCGCGUCGACACGAACGUGUUCAGCCACGCGAGCCCGAGCGCCGCGGGCGCGCCGCCCGUCGAGAACGAGCAGAACGCGAAAAAUAGGACGCGCAUGGUCACGUUCACGGCGGAGCUUGCACGACUGGAGCACGAGGAGGAGGCGUGGGCCGAGACGACGCAGUUCUACAACGCGUACCACGCCACCGGGCUCGCCGAGCUCGAGAAGCGCGCGCAGUCGCGGCGCGCCAAGGGAAAGCAGCGCGCCACGCACGACUGGGAGGAGUGGGCGCCCGCCGAGUCCGACCUGCCCGCCGGCUUCCGCGGCAGCGCCGGGCUCGACCUCGCGCGCACCAUCUUGUCCGAGGACGCCAAGGCUCCGAGCCCGGCGCUCCUCGACGCGGCGCGCCUGCCGUACAAGGCACGUCCGCACGCCCCCCCGUCUCCCCGCGCACCUGCUGACCCGCCCGCCUCCGCUUUCCAGAUCGACCAACUGCGCUCCCUCGUCGACUCGUCCGCGCGCAUGACGCGCGUCGCAGAAACAGAGCUCGACCGCCACUUUGCCCUCCUCAGCCUCGCCCUCCACGCCCGCUCGCACGCCGCCCCCGCCCCCGCCCCGCGCGGCGCCCCCGCCCUCUCCUCGUACCUCCCGUCCAGCCUCUCUCGCGCGCGCGCGGCGGGCGCAGCCGCCGCCCCGACGGACCCGCAGGACCUCCUCCGCGCGCUCUCGCGCAUCGACGCGCUGCGCCCGCUGGGCAAGGUCGGCGACGCCGCGCGCCGCGCCGUGCGCGAGGUGCGGCGCGCGCACAGCGCGGCGGAGGGCGGCGUGGUGCAGGAGCGCCGGCUGACGGGCGUGCCGCCGCCGACGCCACGGAAGCCGCCUGGGACGCCGCGGCGCGCGACGACGCCGGGGAAGGGCCGGUGA